AUGUCAUCAUCAACAGAUUCUACUCAAGUCAUUUCAUCAUCCACUUCAACUAUCAGAAAUCAUCAUCAUCAUCAUCAUCAUCAUCAAAUCAAUCAAGAACAAACCAACUCAAAUCAAGAUUACUUUAAUUAUUCAAAUGAUGAUCUCAAUCUUCAAUCCAACACUCUACCAUCUGAUCAUGAUUCAUUUCAUUCAUCUGAUCCAUUACCAUCACCACCACCACCACCACCACCACCACCACUACCUACUCAUUUCGUAUCAGGUGCUUCAAGAAGAUUACCUGAACUACAACAACAAUUACAUCUCAAUCCUGAAUCUACUUCAGAUUCACCUCAACCCAACGAAUUAGAUCCUUUACUACCCUUUACAAUCGAUCGAUCACUUCCUACAUCUCAUCAACAUCAACAUCAUUCUUCAUUACCAUUCAACACAGAUCCACAUCGACUUCCUUCACCCUUCCAACUCACUCAUCCAUCCUCUCAACCUUCUCACCCGAAUCUUAAAUCUCAACGUAAGAUGGGUACCUUUGAUGGAGUCUAUCUUCCGACAAUCUUAAAUAUCUUUAAUAUCAUUUAUUUUCUAAGAUUUGGUUAUUGUAUUGGUCAAAUCGGAUUGGGAGCUACGAUCUUACUGCUACUUUUGUCUUAUUUAAUUAAUACUUUAACAGUCUUUUCUUUAUCUGCUAUUGCUACCAAUGGUCAAGUUCGUGGUGGUGGUGCUUACUAUCUCAUCUCUCGUACACUCGGUCCUGAGUUUGGUGGUUCGAUUGGGAUCUUGUUUUGUCUUAGUCAAGCCUUAACAGCUUCGAUGAACAUCAUUGGCUUUGUAGAAAGUUUAAUCGAAGUGAUCCAUUCACACUUCAAUCCUCCACUUCGAACGCCUUUCAAUCCAACUCAUUCCAUCGAACCACUCUCCUCACCCAGUCCUACCCUUCGAUAUUUCAUCAAAAGUCUUACCCUUUUCUUCGUCACAAUCUCUUGUAUCGGUCUAGGUAGAACUAAGAUCUUUUCAAAGAUGACUAGAUCGAUGGCCACAAUCUUAUUGAUCACACUCAUCUCCAUCUUCUUUUCGUUUCUUCAAACCAAACCUUUUGAAGACUCAUCCGAACAUUUCCUCUAUACUGGUUUCUCAUUCAAAACCUUUGAAGAAAACUUUUAUCCUUCUUAUUAUUCAUCUCGAUCUGAACCUUUGAAUCCAUCUCUUUUGGUUUCGCCUCAUUUUUCUGAUUAUCAAAAAGUCUUUGGGAUCCUUUUCCCUUCGGUUUCAGGUAUCUUAGCUGGAAGUUCCUUAUCAGGCGAAUUACGAAAACCUAGUAAAUCGUUACCUAAAGGGAUCUUAUGGGCUUUGAUCUGUGUGAUGAUGAUUUAUUUCUUUAGUUUGUUGGCUUUAAGUUUGAGUUGUGGAAGAGAUGGAUUAAGUUUUGUCAAUGAACGGAACGCGUUGAAUUUAUUAAUGUUUCAAAUCUCAAAUUAUAAAGUCCUGGUCGGUUUUGGGAUCUUAGUGAUCGCUAUCUUUUCUAGUAUUAUGGGAAUCACAGUGUGUGGGAAAAUCUUACAAGCGAUCUCUCGUGAUGGUUUGAUUCCGAUCUUAAAACCUUUCUUUAGUCAAGGUUCUCAAAUUGGUGAUGAUCCGAUUUAUUCGAUUUUGUUUUGUUAUUUGUUUUGUCAAGUGGUUUUAUUUUAUAAUAUUAAUAAAAUCUCAAUUCAUAUUACUACGAUUAGUCUUUUAAUCUUUGCUUGUAUAAAUUUAGCUUGUUUUACUUUAAGGAUUGCUGGGUCUCCUAAUUUUAGACCUAGUUUUAGACUCUUUUCUGAAUGGACUGCUCUUUUAGGAUUAGUUUUAACAUUUGGCAAGUUACAUUAUUCUUCUCCUGCUAAACAAUGGGGUGAAGUGACUCAAUCUAUCAUUUAUCAUCAAGUUCGAAAAUAUCUUUUAAGACUUGAUGAAAGGAAAGAUAAUGUAAAGUAUUGGAGACCACAAGUUUUGUUGUUUACUAAUGAUCCUCGUCAUGAUUGGAAUCAAAUCGUGUUUUGUAAUUCAUUGAAAAAAGGUGGAUUGUAUGUUUUGGCUCAUAUUAUUAAAUCAGAAUUUUCAUCUGAAUCGAUUCGAGAAUUACAAGAACAACAAUUGAAUUGGUUAAGUUUGGUGGAUAUUUCGAAUAUUAAAGCUUUUGUGGAUAUCACACUUGCGCCAGAUGAAAGAGUUGGAGCUCGUCAUUUAUUACUGACUUCAGGUUUAGGUGGGAUGAGACCUAAUAUUUGUAUGUUGGGAUUUCCAACGAAUUUAAAGUGGAGAAGAAAAGGAAAAAUGUUUAGUGAGUCAGAAGAAACCAAUGAAACAAAUGAAAGAAGACAAAAAAGGAUGAAGAGAAGAUCGGAUAGUUCAUUGACUGUGAAAGGAUUGAUUAUCGAAUCAGGACCUGAAGUGAAGAUUGAUUGUUUGGGAUCAUUACCUACUGAUUCACAAAGAUCUGAAACACCUAUUAAACCGAUUGAUUUUGUUGGAAUCAUUGAAGAUUCAUUAAGUUUAAAUAAAUCAGUAGGACUGACCUAUGGAUUUGAGGCUUUAAAGUUACCUACGUCUAUUAGUAAACCACAGAGUCAAGAAGCAAACCAUCAUCGAUUACAGCUUAGUACGAGUUUAGGAGGAUUAGCAUCAGCUAGUUUUGGAGGAUUAGGUGGGAAUGGAAAGCCCGCCGAGGAAGAACCGAUCAAGAAGAAAAGAUGGAUCGAUCUUUGGCCGAUCUUGAGAGAUGGUGAAUCGGGUUGGGAAACUUAUACGAUGGUCUUACAGUUGGGAAUGAUCUUAUCUAUGGUACCGUCUUGGAGAAGUCAACAUACUUUAAGAGUUGAGAGCUUAGGUGACGAUUUUUUGUGA